AUGUCGUUAAUGGAAAGAUUCCAAUCGGCGGCCAAGAAAGUUGGUACUCAGGCCACAGCUUUUAGUCGCGAUGUUGCCACGAUGGCUAGCGAUGGUGGUCGCCAAUUGGUGACCGAGUUCAAACUUGAAUCUGAGUGUGAACGCUCCGCAAAGAUUCUCUCAUCGUUCCUCGCCGAUCCUUUGCAUCCUGAAUCGGCCUUGAAUGCCAUACCCAAGGCCGUCCUACAAAAUGCACAUGGUCUGGCGAUCUUUACGAUUCUCAAGGUCGGAUUUGUCUGGUCAGGCAAAGCAGGAUCCGGAAUUGUGAUUGCCCGUUUGGAAGACGGUUCUUGGUCGGCACCCAGUUGCAUUGCCACCGGUGGUGUAGGAUUUGGUUUACAGGUAGGGGCUGACUUUAGUGAAUUUGUGAUUGUGUUAAACUCGGAAGAAGCUGUUCGCGCUUUUGCAACCACAGGAAAUAUGACCAUAGGAGGCAACCUAAGUGCUGCUGUGGGGCCAAUUGGCACGGGCGGUGCUGUUAAUGCUAGCCUACUGCAUCCUGCGCCUCUCUUUACAUACAGCAAAAAUAAAGGCCUAUUUGCAGGUCUGUCACUAGAGGGCACAGCUCUUAUAGAGCGAAAAGACACCAACGAAGCCUUCUACGGCCAACGGAUCCCUUCGCUCGAGAUUCUGCGAGGGCGAGUCCCACCACCCGAAGCAGCUUCAGCCCUUUACGACGUGAUUGAAAGUGCUGAGCAACUUGAUGAAUCAAGCUUACCGCAAGAAUCGUAUGUGCCAACAGAUGGAGCUACUCUUAACCACACACCACAAUCAGCAUCUAAGGAAGCUGGCCCAACGUCAACCGGCAACACAAACCUCUUUGAUGCAGGUGAUGCCCAUUGA